UUAACUAGUCUGUGUGGUGGAGGCGGGACGCACAGACGGCGGCGAUGCAUGUGAGCGAGCAGAAGAAGACGAGGCACCUGUUCCAGGCAGGACGCGCAGCGGUCAUGGCUCACCCGGAGAGCUGCGAGUGCGGCGGCGAGCGGCACAGCCCGAGCAUCCUCUACAGCCUGCUCAAGAAGGAAAGCGCGCCGUGCGCGUCGGCGCGAGCGCCUCGCGGUGCCAGGUUCGCCACGUGCGCGUGCGGCGUGGCGAGGCCGGUGGCGCUGCGCUCUCCGCACGCGACAUGCAGCGCGGCCUCGGCUGUGCUCGCCAAGACGCUGCGCUUCGUCAAGAGCGUGCCGUGUUUCGGUGAGCUGCCCGCCUGCGAUCAGCGCGCCCUGGUGCGGAGUGGCUGGGCGCCGCUGCUCGUGCUCGGCAUGGCGCAGGACGGGCUGGACUUCGAGACGCGCGAGAGCGCCGAGCCCAGCAUGCUGCAGCGCCUCCUCACCGGCGCGCACGAGCGCACCGCUAGCCCGCGCGACCACACCGCUCACGUCAAUAACGGCGGCGGCGGAGGAGGAGGAGGAGGAGGAGUGGCGCUGGUCGAGGCGCAGGGCAUCAAAGCGUUCCUCAGCAAGUGCUGGGACCUGGACAUCAGCACCAAGGAGUACGCCUACUUAAAAGGAGCCAUUCUGUUUAACCCAGACAUUGCCGGACUGCAGUGUCAGCACUACAUCCAGGCUCUGCAGAGCGAAGCGCACCAGGCUCUUAAUGAACAUGUCAAACUGAUUCACAGAGGAGACACCACGAGGUUUGACAAACUCUUCAUUGCCCUCUCAAUGCUACGAUCCAUCAAUGCCAAUGUUGUAGCAGGGCUCUUCUUCAGACCCGUCAUUGGCACAGUUAACAUGGAAGAACUUCUCCUCGAGAUGUUUUACGGAAAGUAGAAAGAGGCAGCACGGCUCUGUGGACCUGACAGGUCUCAUCCAAGAGGGACAGUGAGCAGAGACAGUGGCCUGUAGGCUUUUACACACAUACACUCACACACAUACAAAUUUUUACACAUGCUAUUUUUGUACAAUACUCCCUUGGACUGUAUUCCCUUAUUGCCUUCUGAGUUGAACUCAUUGCUAAAUCCAAAAUCUGAUGGGGAAUAGCUUUACAUUGUUUUCUUCAAUUGAUUAGCUUUUCUGUGUUGUUUUCUACAACCAUAUUCAUAUUAUGAAACAGGCUAUUUAUUUGAGUAUAUUUAAAUUUUAGAAACUGUUCUAGGCCUUUGUUUUUAUUGUUACAUUGCGCACACAAUUAUGGAUUCUGGUUUUCUGCUUAAAAUAUAUAUAUAUAUUUACUUGGAUUAAAAAAAGUGUCAAAGUGAUUAAAUUAAAAAAAAAAGAAAUAAAAAUGAAAGAGAGAGUGAAGUGUCAUACCAGAAGAGGGCAGAGUGAGCCCACAAACUGAAUCUAAAGCGGCACAGGAUACACCUUCAAAUUAAAAUUUUAGUAUUUCAGCCAAAAGGCAUAUCAUUUUUAACAAACUAGGAUUUGACCAAACAAAAUGCUUGAACAUGAGCACUGAAGUGUAAAACACUGUGUUGUGUCCUUGUGACAGGAUCAGAUAUGCUUGGGUGAUUUGGGACAGGACGCCAUAUGUUGGUCUCUGAAAGCAUUAGUCACAGCAAUGUAAAAUAAAAAUAAAAUGUUCAAUAGGACAUCAGCAUGUACACAA